AUGAAAAUAUAAGACUAAUAAUUUAUAUAAGAUAUGCAUCUUCAAGUGGGAAUGGGAUAUACCUUGUCAAUCGUUUAGAAUUAUAUUUAGAUUGAUUCAAUAAUAACGAAAGUAAUAUAUGUAAUACAGUAUACAAAAAUCUAAAAUAUAAACGUUUUUUAGUGUAUAAAUGAAAAUUCUAAGAUUUAAUUACAUAUGAAGAAAAUUAUAAAAAUAUUGGAUUUACUUUAUAGAGUGAUAGCCAAUAGGUUCAUAAUAUAAAGAAUUAUUUAUGAAAUCUGA